UCUCACUCUUUCUGUUGUGUUGCCGCCAGUUGCCGCACGCUACAACUUGUUUAGUGUUGACAUCGCUCGGGCCAAGUUGUUGAAUUUUGGUCUUUAUCGGUGUUUACCAAGUCUGGCGUUGCAUAAUUUUCAACAGUAAAGAUGAGACUCCUUGACACCAAGAAACUUAAUGAACUUCAAAAUAAGACCGAUGUUAUUAGGAAUAUCUGUAUUUUAGCUCAUGUUGAUCAUGGCAAGACAACGCUGGCCGAUUCUCUUGUUGCCAGUAAUGGUAUUAUAUCAGCAAGAAUGGCUGGAAAAUUAAGGUACAUGGAUAGUAGAAAAGAUGAACAAGAGCGAGGUAUCACUAUGAAAAGUAGUGCUAUUACUCUUUAUUAUAACACAGCUGAAACAGAACAUCUUGUUAACUUAAUUGAUUCCCCUGGGCACGUCGACUUUUCUUCAGAGGUAUCUACUGCUAUUCGUCUGUGUGAUGGUGCUAUUGUUAUUGUUGAUGUUGUUGAAGGAGUUUGUGCUCAGACCAAGUUGGCUUUAAAACAAGCAUGGAUAGAAAACAUUCAGCCGGUUUUAGUUCUCAACAAAAUGGAUCGUUUAAUCACUGAGGUCCAACUGUCUCCCUUGGAUGCAUACAUUCAUUUAACUCAAAUUUUAGAACAGGUAAAUGCUGUCCUAGGAGAAUUAUUUACCAUGGAUGUACUUAGUAAGACAAGUGCAGAGUCUGAUGAACAAGAUAAAAAAGAUGACAAGAUUUCAUCUGAAGCAAGUAUGAAGGAAGUUUCAGAAUGGGCAUCAGGCUUGGACGAUGCAGAUGAUGAAAAUCUCUACUUCUCCCCAGAAAAGGGAAAUGUUGUUUUUGCGAGUGCUGUUGAUGGCUGGGGAUUCAGAGUCAAGGAUUUUGCUAAAGUGCUGUCAGAAAAAUUGGGAAUCAGUGAGGCAGUUCUCAACAAGACUUUGUGGGGAGACUUUUAUCUCAACACAAAGACUAAACGUAUCAUGAAAGGAGCUCAAGAAAAGGCAAAGAAACCUCUCUUUGUACAGAUGGUUUUGGAGAAUUUAUGGUCCGUUUAUGACAACAUUGCUAUCAGAAAGGAUAAAGAAAAACUGCAAAAAAUAGUGGAGAGCCUAAAAAUUAAACUUACCACUCGUGAUAUGAGACAUACAGAUGCUAAAGUACAGUUGCAGGCAGUGUGUAGUCAGUGGUUACCUCUAGCUAUUGCAGUUCUUGAUAUGUGCUGUGAGAAAUUGCCUCCCCCCAGUAAAAUAAAUGAAGAGAAGGUUGAAAAGCUUAUGUGUUCAUCUGCUAAGCGAUUUGACUCCCUUCCUCCAGAAACUCAAAAAUUGAAGAAUUCCUUUAUGGCCUGUUCAAGCAGAGAUGAAGAUCCAGUCAUUGUGUUCAUUUCAAAAAUGUUCCCUGUGGAGAGGAGUCAACUACCAGAAAACAGAUCCCAGCCAUUGACUCAAGAAGAACUGGCUUUGCGUCGAGAACAAGCCAGGCAGAGGCAUGCAGAAAGGAUUAAUCAGGAAUCAGCCGGUGGGAAUACACCUGUAGCUAGCAUUCCUUUGCCUGAACCUUCCGGUGUUGAUAAAAGUUCUAGUACCGAAAAUAAUGUGGCAGAUAGUUCGAAGUCUCCCCUCGAGGAUGACGCUUUCGUCGCCUUUGCUCGAGUUUUCAGUGGAAAACUUCGUGUGGGCCAGGAUUUAUAUGUUUUAGGCCCGAAACAUAAUCCCUUGACUGCUCUCAACAAAGAACGCAAGGGAGAAGAAAUUGUUGAUCCUUCUUUGACACUUAAAGAUCUCAAGAAUGGCCAACACAUAACACGAAUUAAAGUAUCAAGUUUGUAUCUUCUGAUGGGAAGAGAACUGCAAGCACUUGAGGAAGUGCCUGCGGGAAAUGUUCUUGGUAUUGGGGGCCUAGAGGAACAUGUGCUUAAAUCAUGUACCCUAUCAUCAACUGUGGCUUGCCCCUCAUUUACUGAAUUGCAACUGAUGGCAACACCAAUUCUUAGAGUUGCUCUCAUGCCAAAACAUGCUGCUGAUAUGCCAUCUCUUGUUCGUGGUCUUCGUUUAUUGAACCAAGCAGACUCUUGUGUUCAAGUUCUUGUACAGGAAACUGGAGAACACGUAAUAGUAACAGCUGGUGAAGUUCACCUUCAACGUUGUUUAGAUGAUUUGAUUGAAAGGUAUGCUAAAAUACCGAUAAAAGCAUCAGCGCCAAUUGUACCGUUCCGGGAAACAAUUGUACCACCUCCAACAGUUGACAUGGUUAAUGAAGCUAUUCAAGAUGUAGCAUCUAUGAAAAAGAAGGAUAAGGAAGGUCUUAUAACGGUGUGGACUCCGAAUCAGAACUGCAGUCUCACCAUCAGGGCUGUUCCAUUGCCUCCAGAUGUCAUUAGCAUCCUUGAGAAUAAUUCUGAUCUGAUAAAAACACAUAGCCAAUAUAUUGCCUCUCAGCAAAAGGGAGCUGAUAUUACAUCUUCAAUGAAAGCCAUGACUCUAUCCAGUUCUGAGACACAAGACAACACGGCAAAUGUCCCAGAAUCAUCUGGCUCUGCUUCCAUUUCAGAACUGGAUGAAGAUGAUGUCACAGCUCUCACAGACCGCACUGUCAAAGCUAUUGAAAAACUGAAAGAAGAUUUGAAAAAAGCAUUUGAUGAGAGUGGCGAUCCUAUUUGGCAAAAUGCUGUCGACAAAAUUUGGAGUUGUGGGCCCCGCCGAUUUGGUCCCAACAUUUUAUUGAACAAUGUGGUAGAUCUACCUUGCUCAUUUUGGAGGUCUGAUGAUUCCGUUGAACGAAGUGAUGACAUUAAAACAUUACUGCUGGUGGAGAACAGCUUUGUGAAUGGCUUUCAACUUGCCACCCUAUCUGGACCUCUUUGUGAUGAGCCAAUGAUGGGGGUUGCAUUUGUAGUAUCUAAUUGGUCUUUAAACUCAGAAUCUGUGGAAAAUGAACUCUCUGGAUCAACUGCAUGGGGUCCUCUAUCAGGACAGAUAAUGUCAUGUGUCAAGGAGGGCUGCAGAAAGGCAUUCCAGGCUCAACCACAACGUCUGAUGGCUGCAAUGUAUAGCUGCAACAUCCAGGUCACUGCAGAGGCUUUAGGGAGGAUGUACGGCGUGCUGAACCGGCGCCACGGCCGCGUCUUGGCCGGCGACAUGGCGGAGGGCUCGGGCGCCACCUUCAACGUGACCGCCGUGCUGCCCGUCGUCGAGAGCUUCGACUUCGCGGCCGAGAUCCGCAAGCAGACCUCGGGCCUGGCCAGCCCGCAGCUCGUGUUCAGCCACUGGGAGGUGAUCGACCUGGAUCCGUUUUGGGUGCCGUCCACGGAGGAAGAGUACCUGCACUUCGGGGAGAAGGCGGACUCGGGCAACCGAGCCCGUCAGUACAUGGACACCGUCCGAAGGAGGAAGGGGCUGUCGGUCACCACCAAGAUUGUGGAACACGCAGAGAAGCAGCGAACUUUGUCCAAGAACAAGUAGCCUACGAGGUGAAUGUUGUGAAAAUAAUCAACUGUACUUGCCAAACAAAAACAAGUGGUACGUGGUAUUUAUUUUUUGAAUAAAAACAGCUUGAAAUAUUGUUUUGAUGUUACAA